AUGUUUGGGGAUUGGUUGUUUUUUUUGUUCCUCUUCCUGCGGCUGCGGCUGCUCCUGCUGCUGCCCCAAUACCAAGACCUGCACGAGCCAAGGGACCUCUCCCAUCGGCGAGAGCCUAGAUCUACGGCCGACAAAAAGACAAAGACCGUGGGGAUGCGCUCUUGGUGUUCGCAUCAAGGCUUUUCGUCCUCUCUUACCCCAUAUCAUUUUCCAAGUGCCGAGGUGUGGAAGUGA